AUGGACAGCUCGUCGCCUUCUGUUCUUACUGAUGACAAGGACCCCCCACGGGGGCCGCUUCUGGAGCGCCGCCAGGAGCUCACCGACGCUCUGGCUGACUCACCUUACGACCUCAUCCUCUUCUUAGAGCGAGCGGUUGUCUACUCGAACCUCGCCUAUCCCGAUCUCGCUGUUGGGGACGCCUAUCGCGCCCUGCUUCUAGCAGAUGAGGUCCGCGAUGAAAGCUUCGAGUACCACGCCCAGGCAAAGGCGGCCAUCCGGGGCUACAGGCUGACGCCCUGUCCCGAGGUGCUCAACCAUGGCCAGCUUCUGGAUGACCUCGACCAGCUGGUCGACGGCGCUGGCGCAGAGGAUGCAGGCGAGUACAACAUACUGGCGAACCUAGCCUCGGUCCGUUGCUUCCAGGUUAUAUCGCUCAGUCUUUUGCUCUGUGGCUGCCUGAAGAGUGCCCUUGAUUUUUGCAAGAGGGGCCUCGAUCUGGUCCCCCACAACAGGGAACUGGGCGAAAUUCAGGGCUACAUUGAGCAGGUGGCUCGACGCAGGUUGCGAAAGGGACCCGACGAUCCCAUCGAGGUCACCCACCUACCAGACCGUGGCGUCGUGCGCCGAGAAGUGUACCCUUGGAACACUCACGAGCCCGACCGCUUUUCCGAGGAAUCCCUUUCCUUCCUCAAUAGCCAACUCAGCAAACUGGCCCCAAAAUGCGAGGUCAAGGUUUCAACUCUCCCAGUCUUGCUUGAUGGUGAAAGUAACGCCGAAGGGAACGGCGAUGUUAUCACCACUUGUACCCAACUCGGUCUUUUCGCCAAACAAGACAUCAGCCCCGGCGACGCGGUAUUGGAGGAAUACUCACUGCUGACGGCCAACAACCGACAAGAGCAAUCGACAUGCGACGCCUGCGGGACGGAGCUGCCCCCUCUCCAAAACAACUCAAAGGCAGUGAGCUGUCCCGAAUGCUACGAGACGACCUUCUGUGAUGAGUUCUGCUUCAAAAUGGCGCAAGAGCAGUACCAUCCUGCCGUCUGUGACAGAGAUGUCGAUUCGGUGGCCAAGGACCCCGAGCCGAGCGUUGUAGAUGAAUCGCUCUACCUACUGUUGUUGGCACGGCUUUUAGCUAUGUCGACGCAUCAAGAACUUCACCCCUUGGAAAUCAAGGAAAUCAAGUACAUUUGGGGCGAUUUUGUGAGUGCGUCGCUCAACGAUAUCGACGGCACGAUCACGGAUGAACCACCGCCCGAAUGGACGCUCCCGUUUUCGUUCAAGUACAAUGUCGAAUAUCCAUUACACAUCCUCGAAAAAAUGGACAUUGACGUCUAUGCGACACUCGAUAAGCACGACCUCUGGGUCUUCAACACCGCCUACGCCAAAUUCCGCGGCACCGCCUCAGCACGAAAGAGCCUCCACGACGGCCGCCCAGACGUCGCCGCUGUCCAUCCCCUUUGGUGCCUCGCGAACCACGAUUGCAACCCCAAUGUUACCUGGGAGUGGGGAGGACGCAUGGUUUUGUGGGCACGAAAGACGAGGGUUGUCGGUAGCCAGGCCGGCGGCAUUCGAGCGGGCGAGGAGAUUCUGAAUCACUACUGUGAUGUGAAUCUCCCGGUCCAACAACGGAGAGAAUGGGCUCAGGGGAGCUUGGGCGGAUGGUGUAUGUGUCAACGAUGUCGCGACGAGGCUGGGUCACAGACAAACCGGUCGGCAAAAGAAAGCAACGGAUGGUGA